CACAUUUUCAUCGCCUAGCUCUGGGUCCUCGGCUAUCUCUACGCUACAAACACUACAAUGGGCUACGAUUGGGUUACUUUGCUUUCGGAACAUUUGAAUACGCUAUGCUGACAACUAGCACGCUCAACGAGAGUCGUGAUUCUGCUGGAGUACCUGGUACUAGUGGUGACUACAUGAUGACUAGUGGUGACUACAUGAUUCUUACCUACAGGGGACCAGGGAGCUCUCUGUAGCUGACAAAUCUAGUUCCGUUUGGUCUCGAGGAGGGAGUUAUUGUCAUUGGUGUCAGCAAGAGCUUUAAAUUUUGGCGUUCUGGAUUUUCUCUUGGCGUUGGUUUCCAGUGUCGAAAAUUUGGUGCUGCCACGAAGCUGGGACUUUGCUCACAUGCAACUUGACUUGAACGAGACAGAGAAAACAAAGAGAAUAACGAAGUUUCCGGUCCCUAGACUUCCCCUACUCAUGAUAAUUACGCUUCAAAAGAAGAAAAUUCUAUGCUGACGGUGGCAAGUUCACCAUUACAGCAGCGGUGACAAGACACCAAAAUCCAAAAUUUCGCGAACUGGGAGCUUUCAAAGGAACCACCUUCGCAGGCGACAAUGCUCGGAAUUAGAUCCGGCUUACGGAGAACUACUUCUCCGUCCUAUGCGUGGCGCAUGUGAUCAUUCAGCUCCCAACGUUUGUGCGACUUCUCGUAACCCAAUAAGCUAGCAGCUCUCGCGAGCAUCUGAGACUCCCGCAAUUUGGGCAGUCAUCAAUGCCAUCAUGGCUCUUGGUGACCGAUUCACGACGGCUGUUGGAUCCGAAGCUGCGACGAGCGAUACUGUCGAUGGCCAUACAAGAAUGAGAUUGUUGUACUUCCUGAGAUAUUUUGGGAAAGACUACGUUGCUGGCUGUUUAGGCAUUGCUUGCGAUGGCGAUAUGUGCAAGACGGCGUUCCGAAUAUGCAAGCUGCUAUCACGCUAGCGACCAAUUAUUCGCGACUGUUGAUCCCUCUGAGCUUGAAUCUGCUAUUGUUAGCGAUGCUGGUUAAUUGGAGGGAACUCAACAGAAUGAGUACUUUGUAAUUACCAGGUGAUGUAAAUGAUCAAUAAGAAGACAGGCCUACGCCUGAAACAGAAAAUAUUGCUGCUGAUUCCACGAAUUGGACUACAAGACGGGUGAGCGAAGACAAACUGAAGGCUCUCGGAGUAUCAAUGAACAACCUGAGAAGUUUUGCAAAUGCCAAGGAGAUUUGAUGCAAUAUGAAAAUUUUGCAUACCACAAAUAUGAAAUACUCCAUAGCUCAGCAUGCCAAAACCCAAAAGAUUGGCAUCGUGAUAUUGUCUAGUUGUAGGAAGUGAGGGUAUAUUACAUUGUUGGUGCGAGACGAGACGAGGUCUGGGUUACUUGAAUUUUGCUGAAGGAGAGGCUGAGGCUGAGUUCAAGCGAGGGGCCGAAAAAGGGGUGUUGGUGAGGAUUUAUCAUAGGGACAAAGGGAUGCGGCUAAUUGCCAAAAUUAGAUAUAUGAAGCAGAAAGCGAGGAACGAGUGGAAACGACCCCUUUACAAGGAAUAUUGAUGCGCUGAACCCAGUGGACUGAAGUGCGAAAUGCAGUAUACUGGCUAAGGGGUAGGUAGAGAGAACCUUGGAGGUCUUUCCCUGGAUUAUUGAUUUCUGCACGUGACCAAGGCAGAUCAAAAUGGGUACCUACCCAAGGUACCUUGAUUGGAAGGAGCCGCAAUGGAGU